CUAUAGGGCAGCUAGUGGUGGCAAGAGAGAGAGCGCACCACUGGGGCUGGUAGUAGCGACGAGUUGAAACGGAGCAGAGGACAAGCGAAUGUGGUGGCCGUGGGUGACUGAAAGCAGCCAUCCCCGCGUUGCCAUCUCUCCUACCAGGCGUCUAUUAUCCAUUCUUCUCCAUUUACAGCCACAAUAGCCCCCGUCAAAUAACUUGCAAAAAUGACUACCGUCCAGAAAAUAAAGGAAGUCGAAGAUGAGAUGGCCAGGACGCAAAAGAACAAGGCCACGUCCUAUCACUUAGGACAGCUCAAGGCCAAGCUCGCAAAACUCAGACGAGAGCUCAUCUCUCCUUCUACCGGAGGCGGCGGAGGUGGUGGCCUCGGCUUCGAUGUUGCGAGAACGGGUAUAGCGUCGGUCGGCUUCGUGGGCUUCCCUUCAGUGGGCAAGUCUACACUAAUGUCCAAAUUGACUGGUACACAUUCGGAAACCUCGGAAAUUGACUUCACAACCCUUACGACCGUACCGGGAACCGUCAAGGUACAUGGUGCACCAAUACAGAUUCUCGAUCUACCUGGUAUCAUUGAAGGUGCCAACGACGGUCGAGGGCGAGGUCGUCAAGUCAUUGCUGUCGCACGGACAUGCAACCUCAUCUUUAUUGUCCUUGAUGUACUCAAGCCUUUAGGUGACAAGAAGCUCAUCGAGUCCGAGUUGGAAGGAUUUGGAAUCCGACUGAACAAGAAACCUCCAAAUAUCACAGUUCGCAGGAAGGACAAGGGUGGAAUCGCCAUUACGAACACUGUGCCGUUAACCAACAUCGACCAUGAAGAAAUCAAGGCCGUCCUUAGCGAGUACAAGAUGAACAAUGCUGAUGUAGCUAUUCGUCAGCCAAAUGCUACCGCGGAUGAUCUUGUCGACGUAGUCGAAGGCAAUCGCGUUUAUAUUCCGGCGAUCUAUGUCCUGAACAAAAUCGAUGCCAUCUCGAUUGAAGAACUCGACUUGCUUUAUAAGAUCCCCAUGAGCGUCCCCAUUUCCUCAAAAGAAUGGCUGAACGUCGACGAACUGGUCGAGAAGAUGUGGGAGACGUUAAAUCUUGUCCGAGUGUACACGAAACCACGAGGACAGGCACCCGAUUAUUCUCAGCCCGUCGUUCUGCGAAGAGGGAAGUGCACGAUAGAGGAUUUCUGUAAUUCCAUUCACAAAGAAAUUGCCAAGCAACUGAAAUACGCUGUCGUAUGGGGUGCUAGUGCGAAACACACAAGAGGCCAGAAAGUUGGCUUGGAGCAUGUGCUAGAAGACGAGGAUGUCGUUCAUAUUUCAAAGAAGUAAAAGUUCACGGCCAUGUGAAGCUUUCUCUGUAUAUUACAUGUAGUAUAGGAGUGCUGUUUUAUAGUUCAGCAGUACAGAAGUAUAGGAGGCGAUGGUCCCACUAAGUGAGUCCGUGAUAUUGAUACAGUGAGUAUGCGUGUGGGGCAAUGAUACAGUGAAGCAAGUCGGCAGUAACUGGGACUAGAAUUCUUCAUUUAGAUUG